ACAGCCGUCACCAUGCCACCGUUGUACAACUUCGGCAUUUUAUAAAAUUAUACAAUAUACAAAAAUAAACAGCCGUCAAGAUGAUAAGCCGGUGAAGAAGAAUCUUUCCCAUUUUUGUCAUUUUCUUCCUCCGUCAUGUCAAUAGCAUUCAAACUAAUCAGACUGCUGUCUCCGAGGGUCCAGUCGCCGGCUGUAUGCUCCUGUCAUGUGUUGAACUAUCGAAAUUAUGCUGAUAAACCGAAAGCACCUUCAACUUCUAAACACUUGGUACCACAAAAUGAAGAACGGAUCCGCGUCCGGCGAGCACGGCCAACCGACGUGCCGCGCAUCCUGCGAUUCGUCAAGGAACACGCCCGGAUCACGUGGCCAAACCUUACACCUAACAGCUCACAUAACUUGAUUCUGGGAGACUUCGUCGCCAGGACUCUUGCUCAAGGUCACUCCAUGCUAGCCGAGCAGCAAGAGGCCAAACGCACUUGGGGCACCAUCCGUGGCCUCGCCCUCAGCACCUCCGUGUGUCCCUGGGACGCCACGCUCCUGGAGAAGUGGGCCCGCUGCGUGCGCUGCACCAAGUCCAGGCAGCUCAUGAUGUUCACUGCGCACUGCUUGCGAGCGCCAGGGCUGCAUGAUAAAUACAAUGUGCAUACUGUUAUGCAGGUAGUUCUGAUGAUACCUCCAGAUUCUCCUAAGUCUGCGGAGAUUGCACUAAUGCUAGCAAGAAAUACGCUACAGAGAGGUCGGGACACGGGAUUUCCUCUCGUUCGGUUUGAUGUUACCAAUGAAUCUAUAACAAAAGCUCUCAGUAGCCUGAAUCUCCAGAAGGAAUGGGAAUUUUCCUACGAAGUACAACCCGACGCAAUCAAAGAGUGCGUCAAAGAAACAUUAAAAGAAGACAAAGGUGGAGUGCAGAGUUCUGAAGCGAAAAAUCAUAUCACUGUUUACACAGCUUUUCCCUUACGAAAAUAAUUCCUACCUACCUAUGUAUCGUAGACGGCUGCUAAUAAAAUCCAUUUUAAUA